UCUCUCUAGGGUAAUCUUCAUUCAUGAAAUGAAGCUAAAACCCAAACAGAAGAAAUCAGAUCCAGCUCCAAAGCUCAUUUUGGAGGAAAUCAUUGGCCUGACGACGAAAAAUGCGAGCGGUUUGGUUGCCAACGUCUCCUCGGGCGAUUGCGUGUACUUGGCAGGAUGCGUCGUGGUGGUCUACAACAUUGAAUCUGGCGCUCAGAAGCACCUCUUGGUGUCUUCGCGGAUGCCAAAGCCCUUGAGCUGCGUGUCUGUCUUGCGUCGAGAUAGUGGCAGCUGCAUCGCUGCUGGAGAGUCAGGGCCUCAACCAGCAGUUUUAAUUUGGGACUAUUCAACUCAAACUUUUCUCGCUGAAUUGAAGGGUCAUCGAUAUGGGGUGGCCUGUAUUGACUUUUCACCUGAUGGAAAGCAUUUGGUGUCUAUUGGAUUUCCUAACGAUGGGUACCUCUGUCUCUGGGACUGGCGAAGUGGAAGGCUGGUAACCAAGCUUAAAGCAAGUACAUCUUGCAGUGCAAUUUCAUCUGUUUGCUUCUCAUCAGAUGGAAGCUCUUUUGUAACUGCUGGGAAAAAGCACUUGAAGCUCUGGACAUUGGGGUUAUCUACAAAGCCUCGCUCACACGCAGGAGCUGGGUUGGUGACAAUUAAUGGAAAGCCUGCUAAUAUUGGUAAUCAGAAGGGCAGUUCUUUUACAUCUGUUACGUCUGCUGCCUGGAUGCCUGGCAGUGUUGGUAGCAAUCGGGCUGUAGACCUUUAUCCUAUAUAUGCAUUGACAGAUUCAGGUGUUUUAUGUCUUCUUCAUUCUGGGUUUUCUAUAAGAAAAUGGGUAGAUCUGAAGGUUGAGAGAGGUUUUGCACUCUCUGUAUCCAACAAGCUUAUUGCUUGUGCAUGCAACAAUGGGAUUGUGCAACUCUUCGUGGUUGAAACUCUCAAGCAUAUAGGAAACUUACUAUAUUCUGAACCGAUGGAGAACAAUCCAACAACAAUUCUCUCCUGUCAAACAAAAUCAUCAGUGAAUGGUAUUCAACAUGUUUCCACUCUCCCAGAUGCAAUAGCUUGUCAAUUUUCAACCUUCGAAAAGCUUGUGGUUGUUUAUGGAGAUCACAGUCUCUACGUAUGGGAUGUGCUUGAUGUAACUAAGGUUAGCAGGUGUUGUGUACUUGUUUCACAUAGCUCAUGCAUAUGGGAUGUUAAGAAUAUUCCCUUCAAAAAUCUGCAUGAUUCUGCUCUUGGAUGUGUUGCUAGAGGUUGUCGUGCAGUUUCUUUUGCAACAUGCUCUGCAGAUGGCACUAUCAGGCUAUGGGAUCUAGCUUUACAGUCUGAUUCAGAGACGAAGAAUGCUGGACCUGAAAUCACCAUGAAUCAACAACCUAGUUGUUCUCUGAACACUGACCAAGUGGGCACCAUAGGUAUAGUGAGCGCUGGUGUCUUUGCUCAAGAUACUGCAGAGUCAGGGGUAGGUGCUCCAGGUUUUCGUUCGAUGGCAGUUAGUUCUGAUGGAAAAUACCUGGCUGCAGGUGAUUGCCAUGGAAACCUCCAUGUUUAUAAUCUGUAUACUUCUGACUACACAUGCUUUCAGGAAGCUCAUGAUGCUGAGAUACUCUCAUUGAGUUUUAGCUCCCCUAGCAAGACAGAUAUUUCUACUGUCCAGGAAUCAGAAUCUCAUUACUUGCUUGCUUCUGGAGGUAGAGAUCAAAUUAUCCAUGUGUAUGAUAUUAAAAGGAGUUUUGAUCUCAUUGGGAGUCUUGAUGAUCAUUCAGCUGCAGUUACUUCUGUAAAACUUACUUGCAAUGGUCGUAACAUUCUCAGUUGCAGUGCUGAUAGGUCUAUUCUGUUCCGUGAUGUAGCCAUAACAGAUGGUGGGUACAAUAUUUCGCGUCGCCAUCAUCAAGUUGCAUCUCAUGGAACAGUCUACGACAUGGCUAUAGAUCCUGCAAUGGAGGUUGCUGUCACUGUUGGGCAGGAUAAGAAGAUUAAUAUGUUCAACCUUGCUUCCGGGAAGCUUGUUAGAACAUUUAAGCAAGAUCCAGACUUCGGAGAGCCAAUAAAGGUAACGAUAGAUCCAAGUGGCAGCUACUUGGUUUGCUCCUACUCUAACAGGUCUUUCAGCAUCCAUGAUUCUACCAAUGGAGAGCUCAUCACUCGAGCAAUGGGGCAUGCUGAAGUGAUUACCGGUGUCAUUUUCUUGCCUGACUGCAAGCACAUAAUUACUGUUGGUGGUGACAGCUGCAUUUUUGUGUGGAAGAUGCCGGCUUUACUAUCAACAACAAUUUUGCAGAAGAUUAUGGAAAAUGCAUCUUAUCUGUUUCCAGUAAGCUCAACUCAGUCAGCAGCUCCAAGUGAGGGCAUAGUACAUGAAGAGGUCAACCACCCAAACACUGAUUUCAAGGAUAUCUCUGCACUGCAAAAUUGCAACCUAGAUGUUGAAGGAGUGGUUACUGGAGGGGCGUGCGAAGGAACAUCAGCAUUUAAAUUUAGUAUCUCAAGGCUUCCGAAGUGGGCACAAAUCAAAGUAACAAGCAAUGAGACUUCUGAUGGAGACCCUGAAUUCAAUUUGUCGCAGCAAGUAAAACUGGAAACUCCUUUUUCAAUCGCUGGACACGGUCAGGCCUCUGCUACCAUGGUUCCUAUCGCAGUCCGGAUUCCAUGUCAACUCAACUUGGGAAACAGUCAAGUAUGUCACACUAACACAUCUGAAAGCCCAUUUAAUAUGGAUGCUACCCAGAGUUCUCCAAUGGAUCAAGGGAUUCCAAGCAGCUUUAACGUGGACGGGCAUUGGCGCACCAUCCAUACUGUUUAUCUUGAUCUACUGGAUUCCCCUGAAGUGCGAGAUGUCAAGGACGUCAAGUUGCCAAUUUCCAUCCCAAAUUUGAUAGAAGACCCACUCCUGGAUAGACCAGGCUGUGGUGAGGGGAGAGAAAUCGCGUUAGGUGAUCUUCCUGCCACAGACCAUAUCUUGCUGCAACCACAUUGUGGGCUUGGUGGUGAGGCAAUAAAUGAAGAGAAGGGAUGUACAUCAACUGCAGGUCAAGGUUCAGGUGAACAGUUAUGCUCAGAGGCAAGUGAAAUCCCAGCGCAGACAACUAAGGAUGAUGAAAGCAGUGGCCGACAACAUGAAGAUGAUGAUCUCUUCAGCCAACACUUCAGCAAUUUAUCAACACUAUUGAAGGUUGAAGGCAGGAGAUCAUCAGCGAGAAGAAGCUUUUCGUCACGCUUUGUUGUGCGCCGUGACCAGCUUACAGGCUGCAAGAGUCUUUUUGAGAUGACUGCUGAAAAUUUAGGUGCUGAAGACUUGAAUUGUUGUGAUGAAGCUGCGCAUCAAAGUUCACAAGGGGAUCCAUCAAACGAUCUGUUAAAAGACCCACAAAUCUCAGAUAUUUGUGAUCUGGGUGCAGAUAAAAGUGGAAGCUCUUCAGGCUCCACUGACAAUCAUGAAGAAAGUGACUCGACUAAUGGGACAGCGAGAUGUUACAUGAAAAACACAACUUACUCGGAAAGAAUCACGGAAUGCAGAGCAGCAUUACUUAGUUUAGAUACUGCUGCGGAAAAGGCACUUCAGUUAUUCACAGACCUGAGGUUUCCGGUGGCGAGAGAAGAUGUGUUGAGUGGGCCCGCGACUGAACUAUCAGAUUUAGCAUCAGAGCUUGUCCCAUCAAUAACUAGGAAAGUUCAGGAGCUUGCUGAUUUGGUGCACUCUAGCAAGAUGAAUUCCUCUUUGGAUGCUCGAGUUGAAGCAGUUGAGUUUGAGCCACUGAUCGGGAAAUUUGCGGAGAGUCUUUCACGUCAGGUUCUUGAAUUGGUGAAGAAUAAUAUCUAACAUGAUUUUUCUUUCUCGCCUAUUUGUUUCUAUCCUAUUGAUAAUAAUGUCUGAUGUAUCUAUGUCGAAUCCAACGAGCUUUGUACAGUGAACUGCAACUGUUCUGAAUAAUAGGAAUGAUAAAAGAGGUAUUAUACAUUGCUUGGGAAGAAGGUUUGUACAGCAUGAUGGGCCUUUUAGUUUGUACAAGUGGGGCCCAUACUUGAGUGAUCCAAACAGUUGGUUCAAUGGGUCUAACUGUCGGUCGUCCACACCAAAAACCCUGCAAGAUUGAUAGAUCCUGGCCACAGAAUGUAUGGAUUGCUCUUGGUCGAAUGCCAACUUUGCCCUUGUUUUGCUUUCUUAACCAUCCAUUUCUUGGCCACAUGCCCAAUGGUUCCCCAAUUGGGAGGAUUAUUGAUGUGUGGGUUGUGCAUGAUGAGGCCCAUCAUCUGAAAGGUUUGAAUGACUGAGCUAUUGUCCUCACUUGUAAAAAUUGAGAGCCUGAAUGGUACUGCACAGACAUUCAUUGUGUGCAUUGUAUAAUACCUUAUAAUACCCCGCUGUAAAAUUCGGUUGCAUUCCUGAA